GAGAGAGAGGAGAUGGCAUGACCUAGUGAUCCUCAUAGGGAGUUUAUUGAGCCUUCCAACCCCCUUACUACUCCCUGAACUCCAUGUGAGGUCCUUUGGUCCUAGAGAGGAGCAGAUCUCUUGAUAACCUCAUGGGAAAUGUUAUUCAAGGCACCUCUCAAAUGUACAUAAGUAUAUUUCCAGUAUUUAAAGAGCUAGAAAGUUUUCAUGUGGGUAAGGGGCCAAAUUAAGAAAGUGGGGAAGAAACAGUCAAUGCUUUAGAAUAGUCCUUAUAUUACUUCACAAUGUACUUUACCAACUCCCAGGAUAAACAAAUAACUAAUUGUGUCCUGUAAGUGAUAGAAAAGUGUUACAAGCCACAUUUAGUUUAAUUUUUUUUGCCUUUUUGAUUUUGUUGGAAAGCAGAGAGCAAUAGAAUACAGUUAUCUAGAUUUUUGGUAGUGCAUGCUAACUUGAUAGAAAUUAAGCCCAUUUGCUAUAAAGGUAUGCUGUGGUAAUUCUAAUAAAUUCUUUGAAUAGAAAAUAUGGGUAAUAUUUAUUUAUUCUGUAAUCAAAUUUUAAAGUUUGGCCUACUGCUGUAUAAUUUAGGUGGCCACAAGUUCUGUAAAAUUAUCAUUUUUUGAGUCAAGCAUUCUGGAAGGUAUUGAACAUUAAAUUUAAGCCCUUAUAUUUAUGUAACGAUACUUACAGGGUAUGAAAGGUCCCCUUUACCUUUUUAUAGGGUAUGUAUGUAGAUUGGAAAUACCCCUUCUGUCAUGCUCCACUAACAACCACAGUGCCAUUGGCUAUUGUAAAGAUGCAACCUUUGUUCCCCUUACCAGAAUAUCCUACUGCAUAAUAGUUUUACAAGGUACAUUUAAAGCAUCUUCCAGCCUAGGUCAGUGACUUGAUGUACUAAAUGAGAUGUAUAAAUGGUCACACAUACAAAGAUUAAGUGAUCCCCACCCCCUACCUGCAAAAUGAUAGGAAAGUAACCUCCUACUGAGAUAAAUGGAAAAAUCGAGCAAUUUCCUCCAUUUCCUUCCAUUGAUUUGUGUGGGUAUAUAUUUAAUGUGGUAAUAUUGCCACUGGUGUUUACCUUCUUUUUCUAUACAGAAUGCCUGGAGCUCAUUUUUUCAUCAUCCCCACCACACACACAUUGUUAUGGGUUCCAGCAUUUCUCCCCACAGCUCUCUUAAGAUGUGAGUUGAUGCUGGCUUGUGUUUCAUCUCAUUCUCACCAAGUGGUGGGGGACCACCCCAGGUUGGCAACAUAUUAGCUUGGUGCACAUGAACUUGCAGAGAAAGACAAAGUUAUGGCAAAUGCCAUUUGGCUACCAAGUCAUUCUUCAAGGUUAAAGAACACUUUUGGGUUACUUGUUUGGAGAGGGAAGGUGUGCUGGUUAAACAAAAAGACUUGCCUUGCUUGUGAACUGACUUAAUUUUCCACCUCUUACUAAAUGUAUGCAGAACAACAGGAGAAUGUAUAGCACAGAACCGAACACAUGUGUUGCAAGUGGAAAACCACAGAGACAAUUUCUGGCAUUUAUCUCUGGUUGUAUGGAUGGAAAAGAUUUGUGCUUGAGACCUUAAAGACUUAUCAGCUAGUCAGCAUAGACACAUGGACUUGGAUUGAUGAAGGUUUGGUAUAAGGCAGCCUCAUUUAUUCAGUGAGAGAAUCUCUGUAUGGUCCCUAUUGCAUUUUUCUAACCUGUUUUCCAUUUUCUCCAACUACUUCUAAUGUAGCAUACACUUGACAAUAAAAAAUACUCAAUAUACCGUAUAUAUUCUUCUCUUUGGAACUUUGUUAUACUUAAACAGUUUAUAAUGGAAAAGGAAAACCCUCUGAUAUCUAAUAAUUGAGUCUCAAUAACGUGAUACCUAGGAUCCCUAAAAAGCAGAGCAAAAAUGUUUGUGACCUUUGCUGUAAACCUAAAGGAGAACGUCAUCCCCUUUGCGCUGCUUUGGGCAACGAGUAAUACCUAAAAUGAGCUUUGAACUCCUUUAGCACUGUCAGACUCUUGGCUGUCCUCCAACAGUGAAGCAACUAACAUGAAGAGCAGUAAAACUUGUUGAUAAAUUAUCCCUCUUUCCUGCUUUGUUCUUAUAAAUAAGCCAGUGUGUAAUUCUGAGUUAAUUGUGUAUGGAAAGAUCAUUUUAGGGGGGAAAGGAGACACUUCCAGGUCAUCUUUUCUCACCUACGAUGGCAAUGAGUAUUAGUUGGCAUCCACGAACUUGGUAACCUUUUCAGCUUCCUGCUAUUUGAGAAGUUUGGUAUUAAGAGACUCAACAGCCAAGAGAUGUUUCCAAGUCAGCUGCAGGAGCUGGAACAACUUGUGAUGUUGGUGUGAUGCCACACUGUAGUGUGUUGGGUUAAUUUCUAGUAGGAAUGGUGCCAGUGGGCUACUCCUACAGCAAACAAUAUUGCCUGUCAACGGCAUAUCCUAGUCUAAAGAUCUUGUAACUCCAUUCACAACUCACUGAAGCUUAUUCACACUCUAGUAUACACACUAACAGCCUGAUCCUAGUUACAGGUAGGUAGCCAUGUUGGUCUGACGUAGUCGAAACAAAAUUAAAAAAAAUUCCUUCCAGUAGCACCUUAGAGACCAACUAAGUUUGUCAUUGGUAUAAGCUUUCAUGUGCAUACACACUUCUUCAGAUACCUGAUCCUGUGUGUGAAUGCUGAAAAGAAAAUCCUAUUGAUUUCAGUGAUACCCUUAGGUAAUUUUGUAGUCUUGAAGGGUGAGGAUUAUUGAUGGCAUUGGAACUUGUUUUCUAAUCAGUGCUUAGGUUACCAAUCUUAGGUUCCAGUCCUGGGUACUUUUAAUACAUCAAUGUGAUUGAUUGAUUUAAAAGCAUUUCUAGACUACAUCAUAUUUUAAAAGUUUCCUAAGUGGUAUAUGAAAACUGUAUAAAAAGAAAAAGAAAAACCAAUAUAAUAAAACAGAAUCAGGUAAACACAGGAACUUAAUAGCACAAUCCAACCUUAUGUAUAAAUGAAAGCCUGGGCAAAAAGAUACGCCUUCACAAAACAUCUGAAGCAAUUAAUAUAUGGCAGGGGGAAGAGCAUUCCAUAGUGCAGGGGCAAUGGUAGAAAAUGCCCAUUUUCUGGCCACCGCCCUGUGAUAGUCUGUAGGGAAUAAUUUCCCUAGGUGAUAUAAGUGAUUACAGGUCUAUAUAGGGCAGCCGAUCAGUUUACUUGGUCCCAAGCUGUUUAGAGCUUUAUAUGUUAGUAACAAUAUCUUGGAACAUGGCUGGUAGCUGUUCUAUCCCUCAGCGCAGCUUUAAUAUGUUUGUGUCUAGGUGCUCCACUCAGCAACCUGGCUGCAGCUUUUAAACCAGUCUUGAAGGAAGCCCCACUUAGAGCACAAUUCAGUAGUCCCAUCACAAGGUUAUCAAUGCAUGGAUCAUGGUGCUAGUUACAGGUAAAGGUUAAAGGACCCCUGACCGUUAGGUCCAUUCCUGACCGACUCUGGGGUUGCGGUGCUCAUCUCGCGUGGCGUACAGCUUCCAGGUCAUGUGGCCAGCAUGACAAAGCCGCUUCUGGCGAACCAGAGCAGCCCACGGAAACGCCGUUUACCUUCCCGCCGGACCAGUACCUAUUUAUCUACUCGUGCUUUCAAACUGCUAGGUUGGCAGGAGCUGGGACCGAGCAACAGGAGCUCACCCCGUCGCGGGGAUUCAAACCGCCGACCUUCUGAUCAGCAAGCCCUAGGCUCUGUGGUUUAACCCACAGCGCCACCCGCGUCUCCUAGCCUAUAGGAAUUUGGAAGCUGUUGAGAAACAAGGCUGGAGGAAAUGAAAGGAGGGUUAAGGUGACUGGCUGCUUCUGCACUGGCAGCAGGAGUGCACAUCCUUCCAGAGUGGAUCUAAGAUUCCAGAAAUCAAGUCUACAGACAAUCCAAUGGCUGACCAAAGGAUGGACAUUUCUUCUACAAUCAGUGAUUUUAUGUCACCAGGCCCCACUGACCUUAUCUCUAGUUCUCUUAACUCUUCAGGAAUGGAUUGCAAUAGGAAAAGGAAAGGCAGUUCUACUGAUUAUCAACUUGAUGGCUUUUCUUUUGACGAAGGUAUGGAUACAGAUAAAGAAGAUCAACAUGGAAGGUUGGAAUAUACAGACCAGCAAGGCAGAAUAAAAAAUGCAAGGGAGGCUCACAGUCAGAUUGAAAAAAGACGUCGUGAUAAGAUGAACAGUUUCAUCGAUGAAUUGGCCUCUUUAGUGCCAACAUGCAAUGCUAUGUCCAGAAAACUAGAUAAACUUACGGUAUUGAGAAUGGCUGUUCAGCACAUGAAGACGUUAAGAGGUGCCACAAACCCAUAUACAGAAGCAAACUACAAGCCUGCCUUUUUGUCAGAUGAUGAACUAAAACAUCUUAUUCUUAGGGCUGCAGAUGGUUUUCUCUUCGUUGUGGGCUGUGACAGAGGCAAAAUACUGUUUGUUUCAGAAUCAGUCUUCAAGAUCCUCAACUACAGUCAGAAUGAUCUGAUUGGCCAGAGUUUAUUUGACUACCUUCAUCCUAAAGAUAUUGCCAAAGUUAAGGAGCAACUUUCUUCUUCUGAUACUGCACCACGGGAAAGGCUCAUAGAUGCAAAAACUGGUCUUCCAGUUAAAACAGAUAUAACGCCUGGACCAUCACGACUAUGCUCUGGAGCAAGACGUUCAUUCUUUUGUAGGAUGAAAUGCAACAGACCAUCCGUGAAAGUAGAAGAUAAAGACUUUCCUUCCACCUGUUCUAAAAAGAAAGCAGACCGGAAAAGCUUUUGCACUAUCCAUAGCACAGGAUAUUUAAAAAGCUGGCCACCAACAAAAAUGGGACUAGACGAAGACAAUGAGCCUGAUAAUGAAGGCUGUAAUUUAAGCUGUCUCGUUGCAAUUGGACGGUUACAUCCUCAUGUAGUUCCUCAACCAGUAAAUGGAGAGAUCAGGGUUAAACCGACAGAAUAUGUUUCUCGGCAUGCAAUUGAUGGGAAAUUUGUAUUUGUAGACCAGAGGGCAACUGCAAUUCUGGCAUAUUUACCACAGGAACUUCUAGGUACUUCAUGUUAUGAAUAUUUUCAUCAAGAUGAUAUAGGGCAUCUUGCAGAAUGUCAUCGACAAGUUUUACAGUCGAGAGAGAAAAUUAAUACUAAUUGUUACAAGUUUAAAGUCAAAGAUGGGUCUUUUAUUACACUGAGGAGUUGUUGGUUCAGUUUCAUGAACCCGUGGACCAAAGAAGUAGAAUAUAUUGUCUCAACUAACACAGUGGUAUCUGCCAAUGUACUUGAUGGGGGAGACGCGACUUUUCCACAGCUUUCAGCUUCACCGCACAGCAUGGACAGUGUGCUCCAGGCUGGAGAAGGUGGUCCCAAAAGGUCCCUUCCAACAGUCCCUGGUAUUCCAGGUGGAACAAGAGCAGGAGCCGGAAAAAUCGGCAGAAUGAUUGCUGAAGAAAUUAUGGAGAUUCACAGGAUAAGAGGCUCUUCGCCUUCAAGCUGUGGCUCUAGUCCAUUAAACAUGACUAGCACACCUCCGCCUGACACGUCUUCACCAGGAGGCAAAAAGAUUUUGAAUGGUGGAACUCCAGACAUUCCUCCUGCCAGUUUACUAUCUAGCCAGAUCCAAGACAAUCCAGGCUACCCAUAUUCUGACAAUUCUUCCAUUCUUGGGGAAAACUCGCAUAUAGGAAUUGACAUGAUAGACAACGACCAGGGAUCCAGCAGCCCCAGCAAUGAUGAAGCAGCAAUGGCUGUAAUCAUGAGCCUUUUGGAAGCUGACGCGGGUCUAGGGGGCCCUGUUGAUUUUAGUGACUUACCAUGGCCCUUGUAAAUGCUACCCAAUAGCUUUGAAAUAUGGAUAUAUCAAAGUGCAUUAUUGGUGGAGUUCUCCAAUCUGUGAAGCUUGUUGAAUUGCUUUGAUGUUUUAAUUUCAUAAAAAGCCAUAUCAAGAGAACAGUCAUCCUUCUCCCAUGUGUAAUUUCAGACCACCAAGUGGAGAUCACCUGCUACAGUGUUCCUCCUUCGUCUUUGAUUUGGUUAGCUGUGUAUAGCUUGCGUUAACUGUAUAUUUUGGAUUCUGUUUUUGUGUUGACAUUUUUUAAAAAAAGGAAAAGAUCACUGUGUGAAAUAAGCACUGGCAUCACUGGUAGCUUUUAUAUGCAAAUGGUCAUUUCAGCUGUAUGGUGUGUUUUUACACUACAAAAAUGGUCCCCCAUGUGGAUAAUGGAUAUUUCUUAUACUAAUGUAUCAAAACUGUUUCUUGUAAGAUCCUUUACUAUAAAUAUUGUUGAAGUGUAAUGUAUUAGACAGUUAAAUAUUUUUAAAAUAAAAUGUUUUCCCUUGUUCUAAAUUACGUUUACUUGGGUUGAAAAAGCACUUCUGCUUGAAAUGCAUAAUGAUGAAGACGAAAGGAACUGCAAAUGUAUUUCCGAAGCAAGGGGCCCCCUGAGCAAGUGAUGGCCUUACCUGAACAAGUAUGCUUGUGGGAAUCUGUUGAAUUGCCUGGCACCAAUGUGAGUCUGCAGCAAUUUUUCAAACCACAGACACAACCAGGACUUCCUACAAUGUAUUUAUUCAGUCAAACGCCCACAAGUUUCAGCCUAGCUUCUGAAGCAUGGAAAAAGAUGUGGAGUAUAGGAGAUAUUCUGGUGACAAAAGCAGGCGGUUAAGGUUUGACUGAAGAAAUACAGGCUUAUGAGAUGAAGUUUUGCCUAAAAGCGACAUGCAAAAAUCUUCAUACAGGGGAGGAAGUACAGUGUUAGGUGCUGCUAACCACCAGGUCACUGCACUUGCCUUGUUGGCAUCUACUUAUUCUUGACUCUUGAGGAUUUUCAUCUCAUGAUCAUAAUCUAGAUGUCCUCCUGCACUUUACUGCAAUGCCUUCCAAUGCAAAGAUGCACAUCCCAUCCAGUCUACCCUCAUUACAGACAAUGAAUAACUUCCACAUACCGUUUGUUGUACUGGUCUUUUUUUGAUUUUACAGAGCUGCAUAUAUAAUCUUAGUUACAGGUAGGUAGCCGUGUUGGUCUGCUGUCAAAAUAAAAUAAAAAUAAAAUAGAAAAAUACCUUCCAGUAGCACCUUAGAGACCAAGUAAGUUUG